CAGUCUGCAAAAUGCUCGACGCGCAUCAUCCUGCGUGCACGAACCUCCUCAAUCGCAAUUGCAAAACAGCUUCAAACAACUCGGCAAGAGGCCUAGGUAGGCCUCAAUAGGCUCAAAAUGCACAGCAGUGUAUGCAACAAUUCCCUAAAGCUCCUAGCUAUUGACAAUUACAUCGAGGGGCUCGAUGUUUACCAACUUAGUCAGAUUGUCAGAAAAUCAACCCACACCAUUUCUCGUAAUGUCAAGAGGUAUGAAGAGGAAAGCACUCAUGAACGUCAGGGCAACUCGACUUGUGGGCGUGAGCCUCAAAUUGACGUCUCUCUAGGCUCACACAUCCAAUACUUCUAUGAUAAGAUCCCGUCUCUAUACCAUGAUGAGUGCGUAGAGUUUCCCAACCAGCAAUUCGCCACAAGGCUAUCUCAAUACCAUAUCCUUCGCCACCUCAAAAAAAAUUGGAUAUAUCUGGAAAGUUCCUUACAGUGAGGGCAGCCCGAGUCUAUUUCCUACCACCUUACAGCCAGACGCAAGAGUCAUGCGAAUCCCAUGUCGCGCCCCAUACUGGACCACCAAGCAGCAGACGUGAACCCAGCAAAAAUACACUUACUCCUCAACCGGGACGUUUCAGGACCUGGGAAUGGUCGGUAAGCGGGUUCACAAUGAGGUUCGAGCGCUCGUCAUGCAUAAGAGCGUCCGUGGACAACCUACUAUG